AUGGCUUAUGAUCGAUUUGCUGCAAUCUGCCACCCUCUGACCUACCCAGUGAUUAUGAGCAAAAGGAUCUUUGUGAAAUUGAUGAUUUGCUCAUGGGUCUUGGGCAUCAUGGUUGCUACUUUGCAGGCUACAUGGGUAUUUAGCUUCCCCUUUUGUGGUCCUAGUAAAAUUAACCAUAUAUCAUGUGAAACCCCAGCAGUGCUGGAGCUUGCCUGUGCAGACACCUUCCUGUUUGAAGUCUAUGCCUUCACAGGCACCAUUUUGAUUGUCGUGGUUCCCUUCCUGUUGAUACUUUUGUCUUAUACUCGAAUUCUCUUUGCCAUCCUGAGGAUGCCAUCCACUACAGGGAGGCAGAAGGCCUUUUCCACAUGUACCUUUCAUCUCACCUCUGUCACCCUCUUCUAUGGUACAGCGUGUAUGACUUAUCUACAGCCCAAAUUGAAGUACUCCCCAGACACCAAGAAACUGAUGUCAUUGGCUUACUCUCUGCUCUCCCCUCUGCUGAAUCCACUUAUCUACAGUCUGAGAAACAAGGAGAUGAAAAGGGCCUUGGUAAAAUUUUGUCAAAGAAAAAUGGAUUUCUGA